GAGCUGCAACAGUGAUGGGAUUCAUGUUGUGCAUGUCAACGAGAACUUGCUGAAACCUCUUGAUGUGAAGAUUGACCCUGAAAUCCAGCACAUCCGAAAGCAGGAGGCAGAGCAGAUGAAGAACCUCAAUAACCAGUUUGCCUCUUUGAUUGACAAGGUACAGCACCUGGAGCAGCAGAACAGGCUGUUAACCAUCAAGUGGGACCUACUCCAAAAGCAGGUCCUGCCAUCGCAGAAGAACAUCAAGCAUGUCUUCAGCAACUUCAUUUGCAGCCUGAGGAGGCAGCUGGACUCCCUGCAGUGGGAGAAGGGGCAGAUGGAGCCUGAGCUGCAGGGCGUGGAGAGGCUCGCUGAAGAGUUCAGGCGCAGAUACGAGCAGGAAGCGAACAGACGCACAACUGCCGAGAACGAGUUUGUGUUGCUGGAGAAGGAUGUGGACUGUGCCUAUCUGGCCAAGACAGAGCUGGAAGCAAAGGUGGAAAACCUAAAGAAGGAGAUAGAGUUCCUGAGAUGUAUUUCUGCUCAGGAGGUUGCUGAGCUGGAGAGAAGUCCCUGUGAUACCUCUGUCAUUGUGACAAUGGACAACAGCCGAUGCCUGGACAUGGAGGGCAUCCUCAGGAGCGUCGAGUGCUGGUACGAGGACGUAGCUCAGAAAAGCAAAGCAGAGCUGGAUGUGUUGUACAGAACCAGGUUCCAAGAGCCUGAGGAGGCCAAGGGAGGAGAUUGCAAUGAACUGAAGUCUCACCAGCAAGAGAUUGAAGAACUGAGUUCUGUGAUCCAGAGAAUGCAGCAUGACUCUGAAAAUGUGAAGAAUCAGGUGUCCUGUCUGCAAACUUCACUUCGUGAUACUGAGCAGCGUGGGGAUUGUGCCCUCAAAGAUGCCCGGGAGAAGCACGUCGAGCUGCAGAACGCCCUCCAGAAGGCCAAGGAUGAGCUGGCUUGCAUGCUGCGGGAUUACCAGGAGCUGCUGAACGUCAAGCUGGCCCUGGACAUUGAGAUUGCAACAUAUAAGUCUCUCCUGGAGGGUGAAGAGAGCAGGAUACGCCUUGGGAGCCCUGUGACAGUGUGUAAGUAG